GUCUGGUCGUAUUCAACGAAGACAAUUUCUCUCUCCCCUUAUAUAUAUAUAUAAAAUCUUUCUUUGAUUUUGAUUUUGAUUUUGAUUUUGAUUUUUUAGUUUCUCAGCGUUGGAGAAAGACUGAGAUGUUGGAGCAAUUGCUGAUAUUUACGCGGGGUGGUUUGAUCCUCUGGACAUGCAAGGCGCUCGUAAACGCCCUUAAAGGGUCCCCGAUCGACACCUUGAUCCGGUCCUGCCUCUUAGAGGAGCGAUCCGGCGACACGUCGUACAAUUACGACGCCCCCGGUGCUGCGUACACUCUCAAAUGGACCUUCCACAACGAUCUCGGCCUCAUCUUCGUCGCCGUUUAUCAAAGGAUACUCCAUCUCCUCUAUGUCGACGAUCUUCUCUCCAUGGUGAAGCAUGAGUUUUCACAGAUCUACGAUCCGAAGCGUACGGCUUAUGAUGAUUUCGAUGACGUCUUCCGGCAGUUGCAGAAGGAGGCGGAGGCUAGGGCGGAAGAGAUGAGGAAGUCAAAGCAGGUGGCAAGGCCCGCGAAGCAGAUCGCAGCCAAGAAGGCCGGAUCACAGGGCAGUGCGAAGCAAAAGAGCAGUGGUGGAUCCGGCAAGGAUGGCUCAGAUGACGAUUCGGCAAAAGACCGUGGAUUAGAGAACGGUAAUUAUUCUAACGGACAUGAAGCCAGGAUCAAAGGAUCUCGUGCGGCCGAUGUUGCUAAGAGUAAAGAGAAUGGCAGCUCAGAGGUCGGGGCUUUUGAUGUAAGUAAGCUUCAGAAGUUGAGGUCGAAAGCAGGGAAGAAAACAGAUACAACAGUUAGUAAGGCUCCCUCCAAGGUGGAGCCAAAGAAAAAGUUAACAAAGAAAAAUAGAGUUUGGGAUGAUUCGCCACAAGAGUCGAAACUGGAUUUUACGGAUCCUGUAGAUGAGAAAGGGGAUGAGAAUGUAGCAGUUGUGGCAGCUGAUCAAGGAGAAAGCAUGAUGGAUAGGGAAGAGGUCAUCAGCAGUGAAAGUGAGAGCGAUGCAGAGGAGGAAGUGGAGAAGAACACCAAGACUGAUGCAAAGAAGAAAGGAUGGUUCUCAUCAAUGUUCCAGAGCAUUGCAGGGAAUGCAAUUUUGGAGAAGUCAGACCUGGAACCUGCUCUAAAAGCUCUGAAGGAUAGGCUUAUGACAAAAAAUGUGGCCGAGGAAAUAGCUGAGAAGCUUUGUGAGUCGGUAGCAGCUAGUCUUGAAGGUAAAAAGUUGGGUUCUUUCACAAGGAUUUCUUCAACAGUUCAGACGGCAAUGGAGGAGGCUUUACUUCGUAUUUUAACUCCAAGACGAUCUAUUGAUAUCUUGAGGGAUGUCCAUGCUGCUAAGGAACAAGGAAAACCAUAUGUUGUUGUCUUUGUUGGUGUCAAUGGAGUUGGAAAGUCCACCAAUCUUGCCAAGGUUGCAUACUGGCUUUUGCAGCAUAAUAUCAGUGUUAUGAUGGCUGCUUGUGAUACAUUUCGGUCAGGUGCAGUUGAGCAGCUCCGAACUCAUGCCCGCAGACUCCAGAUUCCUAUAUUUGAGAAAGGGUACGAAAAAGAUCCAGCAAUCGUAGCAAAGGAAGCUAUCCAAGAGGCCACUCGCAAUAAAUCAGAUGUUGUUCUUGUAGAUACAGCUGGGCGGAUGCAGGACAAUGAACCACUGAUGAGAGCACUUUCCAAGCUCAUUUAUAUGAACAACCCAGAUCUGGUUCUUUUUGUUGGAGAGGCGCUGGUGGGAAAUGAUGCUGUGGAUCAACUCUCAAAGUUUGAUCAGAAAUUAGCGGACCUGUCAAAUUCACCUAAUGCCAGAUUGAUCGAUGGCAUCUUGCUCACAAAGUUUGAUACUAUUGAUGACAAGGUUGGGGCCGCACUUUCCAUGGUUUACAUUUCUGGAGCACCUGUAAUGUUUGUUGGCUGUGGGCAGUCUUACACGGACCUCAAGAAGCUGAAUGUCAAAUCCAUUGUUAAGACCCUCCUGAAAUGAAAAUGUUAUGGCUUGUUUUUCACUGCUACUGUGUGCUACUUCUUCAUGAAUAUAAAGUUGCUACCAGACUGUCUCCCAUGACCUCAUCGUAGGCACAUUGGAGGUGAAUCAAUUGAUUAAAGUUACAGGUGUAAAACUAAAAUUCAGUUUAUUGAUUUUUCUGAUCUGGGUUUUUGGUUUU